UCAGUUUUGUCUCUUUCAACAUAGAACCCAGAGAAGAAAAUGUUACAAGGAAAUCUUUCAGAAGUGACUGAGUUCAUCCUGGCUGGGUUAACACACAAACCAGAGCUGCAGCUGCCCCUCUUCCUCCUCUUUCUAGCAAUCUAUGUGGCCACAGUGGUGGGGAAUCUGGGCAUGAUCGCCCUGAUAUUUUUCAGUUCUCAACUGCACACACCUAUGUAUUAUUUUCUCAACAGCCUGUCCUUCAUUGACUUCUGCCAGUCCACUGUCAUUAUUCCCAAAAUGUUGGUGAACUUUGUGACAGUGAAGAACAUCAUCUCCUAUCCUGAAUGCAUGACUCAGCUCUACAUUUUCAUUAUUUUUGGUAUUGCAGAGUGUCACAUGUUAGCUGUAAUGGCAUAUGACCGCUAUGUUGCCAUCUGUAACCCCUUGCUUUACAAUGUUGUGAUGUCUUCUCAAGUCUGUUCCUGGAUGAUAGUUGGAGUAUAUAGUAUAGCUUUGAUUGUUUCCACAAUUCACACAAUCUGCAUGUUAAGAGUGCAUUUCUGUAAGGCAAAUGUAGUAAAUCAUUACUUCUGUGAUCUUUUUCCACUACUGGAACUCCACUGUUCUGAUACUUUUAUUAAUGAAGUAGUACUAUUAUGUUUAAGUGUUUUUAACAUCUUUGUUCCCAUUCUGACUAUUGUAAGCUCUUACAUCUUCAUCAUAGCCAGCAUCCUCCGGAUUAAAUCCACAGAAGGCAGGUCCAAAGCUUUCAGCACCUGCAGCUCACACAUAUCAGCUGUUGCUAUCUUCUUUGGUUCCCUCGCAUUCAUGUACCUGCAGCCAUCAUCAGUCAGCUCCAUGGACCAAAGGAAAGUGUCUUCUGUGUUUUAUACCAUUGUUGUGCCCAUGCUGAAUCCCUUGAUCUACAGCCUGAGAAAUAAGGAUGUCAAAGUUGCUCUAAGUAAAUUCUUUGAAAGAAAGUUUUCCUUAUAA